AUGGCGUCUUCAACGCAAGACGAAGAAGCUCACCACAGCAAGGAAGAACCGGAGCUUAUUGACCUGAACAAAGAAGCCAAACACGAAGACGAUGACAAGAUCGUGGCCUCAGAGUCAGAGACAAGGGAAGCAAAGAAACAGAAAGUGGAACAAGAAGUCAAAGAUGCUAAUCAAGAAGAACAAAGCAGAGGAGGGACGAUGAUGGUGCCUUCAACGACGACAACACCAACAAGCUUAACUCAAGAAGAAGCAAAGGCAAAGGAAGAGGAAGAGGAAGACGACUCAGAACAAACCUUGAGGUUUCUAAGCCGAUGGAAAGCUCCGGAGACUCCACCUGAAAAGAUCAUUUACCCCAGCCUAGUCGAGCAAUGCAGCAGACCGAUCCAAAAGCAACUAACCACAAGCGACGUGAAACAGAACAAGCUGUCUCAGUCUGGGCUGUCUUUACCGAACUCGCAAGUGAGGAAGAAGUUUCAGCAGCUUCUCGAAGAAUCAGGGGAAAACGAGAGAAGGUUUUCGGUAUACGGACCAGACGGGAAGGUUCAUGAGAUUUGGCUUGGUAAGGAGAGGAAGUCGUCGUUUGGUUUGACGAUAGGGUGGUGGAGGUUCGUGGUAGAGUAUUGGCUCAAGGAGUGGUGUAACUUCGUCACGGUUUGGAUGUUUAGGCACAGAGACACUCAGCGGAUUUGCUUAGCUAUUGAUGUCACAAAGUUUGCGUUCAGGAAACAGGUUAGUAAGAGGAUCUCUGAAGCUACUUUCGAGGAUUCUGAUUAGAGAGUAUAGAGAAAGGUUAUCAAGGAGAUUAAGGAGGGUAUUAGCUAGAGAUUUGA